CUAGCUUGAAGUCAAAAUGAUUUCAUUUCUUAUUCUGGGGUUUUGUGUUUGUGCCAGUGUUAGAAGUGAUGUUUCGCAUUUGGUGUUUGGAACUGUAGAUCCCUUUUUUGGGUACCAUCCUGUCUUUAUUUCUUCUACGCCGCGGCCAAAUUUGCCCGAAAUCAUAGUCAAUUCAGCAAACCGUGGGGGAGGAUAUCAUUAUGAUAAGCCAGAAAACACAUAUUUAACACCACCACCGCCUCCACCCUCAGCACCAUCAUUUCCGGCGCAAGCCGACACUCCCGUAAAUGGAUAUCUUCCGCCAUCAGGAUCGAUUCCAUUAGCUGAUGCUCCUAUUACACCACCACCACCACCUCCGAACCCUUCAUAUCUUCCGCCUUCCACGCCGGAGGAGAUUAGUGAAAAUCUUGAAGACAUAUUCCCUCAGAACGAUCCAGCUCAGAUAGUCGUCAGCAUUCCUACGUCUACUAAUGGGAAUAAGGAGGGCGGCUUUGGGUACUAUUACGACCGACCUACAACAACUACUACUCCACAGGCACCUGUAUUCAUCCCCCAAGCGGACCAACCUGUAAAUGUCCCUCAAAGCCCAGGAGGUUAUGUGUACGAACCACCCAGGACACCUACAACCGGAUAUCUACCACCACAAACUGAACAGCGCCUGGCGAAAGGAAUCGAUGCCUUCGCUGCGAACGAUAAAGGAUCAAUUCAGCUGCAGUUGAAUGAGAUGCGUUGUAUUCCGAACCAGGGUGGUUACUUUAGAAGCGUCCUGACCUUGCACAGUGCAAUCUACGCAGCUCCUAUUGUUGAUAACGACAUUGUGGAUAGUCGUUGUGAUCUGCGUCUCGUCCGGACGCAAAUAUACGUGAACAUUGCUGCGGAAGACUUUCAACGUUGCGGGGUGGUUUAUUGUGGUGCAAAUUUAUGCUUGAGGGUGCGAUUCCCAUUGAUACGCGGUAUGAAGACUGGAGGUGAUUCCAUCUUAACGCUGCAAUGUAAAAUCCAGGAUCGAGUGGUAUCCAAGACGCAUGCGCUGAAAGUUGGAGUGUCCAAUGAAUAUCAAUCACGAAGUGUUGGCGCCUUGGCUCAGGGCGGCACUCAGCUCCCAUUCAGAACGCACUUGGAAUUGCUAAGGAAGACCGCAAAUGGAUUCACAAAGUAUCUGGAACCAAACGGAAUCGUUCAGUUGGGAGAAGAUCUGCAGCUAAGGGCCCACGUGAGAGCAGGUGACGGAUGGAAUUUCACUCGGCUUGCAGACGUGAACCUUCAACGCGUAUCAUCUACCGGUGAAAUUGUAAAUUCUGCUGCUUUGGUGCAUCCAACCGGUUGUAUAAAUCCUUCCAUGCGAUCCAUAUGUUCUGGACCACCAAUAUUUGAACCACCCCUUGGACACCGUCUUACUUUCAAAGCUGCCAUGUUUCAAGGAAUGCGGAGUGGGGAUGAGCUUCUCAUGAGCGUUAAGAUUGUUGGUUGUCUGGACCAACGAGAUUGUUAUGUCAACGCCUUAGGUUGCGAAAGAAAUGCUCUAAGCAGUGGACGAAGGCGACGGGCUAUCAACGAAACAACGGUGGAAAACCAGCCGCAGAAGAACGCUACUGAUCAACUAUCUGAAGUAUCUACGAUAUCUUUUCGGGUACAAAUGCCAGAGAUAGAUGCCGUUGGUUCGGAGCCAAGAAUAAAUGCAGCUCAUGUUGUUAUUGGUGGGGUCUUGGCACUGAUUUGUUUGAUAUGUUUGUUAGCUGUUUUAGUGUAUCUUAGGUUUUCCAGGAAGUAUUAGCUGGUGAACUCCUUUCCUAUCUUAAAUUUUAUUAGUAACUAUUCAUAAGGAUGUAUUCGAGUAUAUUCAUGCUUUGUGAUAUUUAGGACAUUGUUAUUUGUUAUUGCACAUAAAAUGCACUUAUUCAUUUUGUUCAGUGUAAAUAUAUAUUUCGAAUGAAUAAAGCCAUAAGUUUCCUUUCUAAUCUUCAAAGUAUUAGAAAGUGAAAGAACCUAAUUGCAUAUUAAAAUCAA